UUGUGGAAGUCAUUGAUGAAAUUCUAUGUAUUUUAGCCCGCAAACUUUCUUCAAACAAAAACAGCGCCAUCUAGUAUCGAGUUCUGUAAUUAUCUCUUUGUUUAUGGAUUUGAAGUAAGACCGCCACGCAUGCAAUACAUUAUGACUGGGGAUUCCCCUAUUCGUCGACGCUGAAUAUGAGGCGACGACAAUCACUGUCAAACGUGUUCACUAUUACUCUGACUCUGGUAACGUGACUUCCUGGUAACGUGUUAGGUAGGAAAAGCAGUAAAAAAGUGCAUAUUAAGGGAGCAGAUUUGAAAUAAUAUUUAUACUUAACAAGAAAUAAUUAAAGGUUCAAUGGGGAGACCUAAAGAUUUACGCAUAUGGGAGCACUACCGUACUUUACCAAACAAGUCUGUUUCUUGCAAGCUUUGUAAUAAGGUCUACAAAUUCAGUAAUGCUGCCAAAAUGCUUCAACAUCUUAUCACUUGUCCAAAAUCUCCAGAAACAUUAAAAGACUCUAUGAAACUUAUAAAAGAUAGCUCGUCCAAAACCAAAAUGUCUGGACUGUCAGAGAUAGAGACAAAUGAUUCUUUUAUAAGCCCCUCGUCGUCUGCUAACACUACAAUAAAUGCUGAGUUUCAAGACACCGAUGAUCAUAUAAAAACAGAAUUAGCGAGAGCUAUAUUUGUAACAGGGACGCCAUUAUCGAUGGUGCAACAUCCUUUAUGGAUACAAUUUUUCGAAAAAUUGCAACCAAAAUUUAAAAUACCUUCACGUAAAGCUUUAGCGACAAAAUACUUAGAUAAAAUAUAUAGAGAAAUGCGUUUUGAGUUAAAUGAGGAACUAAAUGCUUGUAGUUACUUACACCUUCAGUGCGAUGGCUGGUCUAAUUUAAGAAAUGAAGGAAUAAUAAACUUUCUUAUAUCAAAACCUCAACCUGCAUACGUUAAAAGUUUGAAUACAGAAAGUAAUCCUCACACUAGUGAAUACCUUAGCCAAGAAGUUGAAAAAGUAAUGAAAGUGUAUGGAGCAAAUAAGUUUCUUGUACUUAUUGGCGAUAACGCUAGAAAUAUACAAAAGGCAUUCGAAUUAACAAAACUCAAAUAUCCAUAUGUUGUUCCUCUCGGUUGCUGUGCACAUAUCCUUAACUUGUUGUGCCAAGAUAUUGUAAAGAUACAAGAAGUAACUGUGUUUAUUAUGCAAGCCAUAAAUAUAAUAAAAACUGUUAAAAGGAGUCAACGAUUAAGUUCCUUGUUGAUAAAAUCAAGGCAGGAUGAAGAUUCUACACAAACACUAAAAUUGCCUUGUGCUACAAGAUGGGGAAGUCAUGUUACUUCGUUAAAAAGUUUGAAAGCAAAUAAGAUAGCUUUGCAAAUAUUAACAGUUAGAGAAGAUGUGGUAAUUUCAAGAGAUAUUAAAGAUUUAAUUCUAAGUGAUGAUUUCUGGACGAAGACAGGGGAAUGUAUAAGUAUUUUGGAACCAGUCACUGAAAGCAUAUUUUACUUAGAGAGCGACCAGAAUCUUUUGCAUCGCACAUACAUUACAUUUAGAGAUGUACAAGCUAAGAUACGUUUUGCAUUAAAUGAGAUUUCGACAUUGAGCGAAGAAAGCAAACAGCAGAUUCUAACAUCAGUAUCUUCAAGAUGCAAUAUGGCAAUGAGGCCAAUACAUUUUGCAGCAUAUAUUCUAGACCCCAGGACUCUAGGAGUCGAACUUACUCAAGAGGAAGAACUUAAGGGUAUGGAGUUUAUCUACAAUUUAAGCCAACACUUAAGUUUGUCAAAUGUAAUGGCAGAUUUGGCGUGUUAUAAAGCUAAAGAAAACUUUUGGGCCAGAGGAUUUGUAUGGAGCUCAUUAGAUAGCAUUGAGCCCCUAAUAUGGUGGAAAGGUAUUUGUGGUUCCACUGAGUUAAGCAAAGUAGCGAUUCGUAUUCUAUCAGCUCCCUGUACUUCGGCAGCCACUGAGCGUUCCUUUAGUAUCCAAGGCUACAUACAUAAUAACAAAAGAAAUCGACUUACAACUGAAAGAACUGAAAAAAUUUCAUUCAUUUGUUAUAACUGGAAUCUUAAACAUAAAGCUGAAUGCGAGGACAUUCAGUUUAAUGAAGAAAAUACCUUAGAAGCUUUCAUUGAGCAAGUAAAUGAACAUAACAGUUUAGACGAAAUAGAGCCUAUCGAACCUAUACAAUUCAUCGCUUGUAAUAACUCUGAAUCUGACAGUGAUUGACUGUAGUUUUACAUUUUACUUUCAUCUCUUUCUUAAUAAACUCAAAAUCAAAUUAAAAGUUUUUUAUUCUGUAGGCUGCAUAAUAAUAUUGUCUAUGUCCAGUAUAGUGGACGUCUUGCGGCUGAGAUGACGAUGAUGAAGUACAAAAUCAUAAACACCCAAAAAUUUGGGUGUUUAUGGGGUUUAAACCCAAUAAACCCAAAACACCCGGUUUUUACCCACCAGACUUUAAACCCACCCAGGUGGAUUGCCCAUC